UCUGAAGAUCUGCUGGCCAGGGGCAACGAGUGAGAUAAGUAGCAGCUUAAUGGCCGGGAAAUGGUCUUCUGCGUGGGCUCAUCUCGAGGGAGAUAGCCAUCUCAGGGGUGCUGCACAUGACUCUCACCUAAGCGCCUAGGAACGGCUGCACGUGACUCCUACCAGAAUGCCCAAGAAUGCCAUGUUGGCAGAAGAAGAAGGAUAAAAACGGGACCUACAACCAAGAGGAGAGCAAUCAAGCAAGCCUGCGUUAUACUAUAAAGGGAGGCUGUAUUGUGCCUCACUGAUGCCAGAGGUUGGCAUGGGACUGUGUGCUGCAGCUGCUGCCAUUUUGUGUGGGCUGUGUGGUGCGAGAGGCUCAACUGCCUUGUCCCCUUGUGUCUAUGCUUCUUUUCCAUUACGUCUGCAGGUACAAUGAUAGCGGUAUAAUUACAACUGCGUAUAUUGUGUUGUAGUAGCCAUUCUUUGCGGAAGGCAGGUUUGUAUUCCCUUAGUGAAUAAUAGGAAAAUUACACUAGUCCUCAUGAACUUUGAUGCUGUUCUCCCUUAAUACAGUUGUAAUCUCAUUGGUACUCAUUUUCUUGGACUUGACUGAAAAAGGUUAAAAACCUCUGAGAUCACUAAAGCAUGUAAUUCAGUGAAAAAGAAGAUCCACAGGAAUUGUAUGUGAAGCGUAAAACCAGACUUAUUUGCAUUACAAAGGAUAAAGUACAGUUUUUCUCAUGGUCAUAAGACAGCUAUUAAGUGCCAUGGGUUAGGAAAUGAUGUUUUGGUUGUGUAGUUGUGCUUGCUAAGGCAGUUACCUGGAUAUAAAGAAGCACCCAGCAGUGAGCAUUGUCAUCAGCAGGAUGCAGUACUAGAAGAUGCUAUGGUCUUUAGGAAGGCUAAAAAGGAUAAAAGCAUCUGUGCUGUGCUGCAAACAAAAUUAAUGUAACUGUGGCAAUAAGUCCAGACAAGGUUCAACAGUAUUGCACUACUUCAUUUUAGGCUUUCAGUUCGAGUCUCUGAUCCUGAAUAGAAAUGAGCAGGUUAUUUCAUUCAGUGGAAGUAGCAUUCUUUCUCUGGAGCCGUGACUUGGUAGCCACUGGAAACAGUAGCUUGAAUAUUUGUGUGUGGCAAACCUGUGCAAAGGGUUUGGAGCUAGCUGCUGAAUGCCUCCUGAGAAGUGCACCAGGACUGAGCAGGUGCCACCUGUAGUGCUCUGACUGAUUCAACAGAAGGCUCAAAGAGAAACAAGUGGGUUCAAGAGUGGAGAAAAUACAAAAUUUAAAAAAUAUAUCAAAACACAAUAUGACAUUUCUAUGAUUAGCAAAAUACAGCUAUAUAUUUUAUAUAAUCAGCUAUAUAUAUACAGGUUGCUUAUUUAACCAGUUUGUAGAUUUAUCAAGCAGAUACUUCAUCCCCAAAUCUUUGCAAAUAACACAAGACUUUCCAUUUUGUAAUCUUGUGAAUUCUGACAAAAACAGAUCAAGAAAGACAAAUUCAAAAAUACUUGGUAAAACUAUAUUUUAUAAUAUGUUAUUCCAUUGCAGUUUUAAAAAAAUUUUUCUAUCCUGAGUGAGAAUUCCACUUAAAUAGACACAGACUAUUAAACUGCAGUAAGGCAACACAGUCCUUCUAUGAGGAAGCCUGGAGUGAAACUGCACUGCCAUACUCUGCUCUCAGUAAGCACUACGGGAAUUUUAUCAGACAUAUUUUUGAUGGGCUUUUCACAUCUUGUGUUAUUAAGCCAACUAUUAACAAAAAUCAGAAAAAAAACAAUGAGUCAGAAAUUGGUAUAUAUAGUCUAAUGUGUGAAGUGUUUUUUUUCUGGAAAUGUAGAAAAUUGAAGCUACAUUGAAGUUAAAGUAUCUGUUUGAAACGGAAAGGAGUAAGAAGAAACUUCCCUCAUUAAAUACUUUUUAUGAAAGGAAUGUCUCACUAUCCUUUUGCGUGACUUGUGAAGUCACCAUCAAUCAACUAUGUAAUCUGUAAUUAUACGGCAUUUCUCUGCCAGCAUGAGUGCAGAAAAUCCUUAGCUAGAAUUUGAUUAACUCUGACUCAAGGGACUGCUAAAAGGAUAUUGGACUUGAGUCACAGUUUCUUUUUUGAAAUGGCUAUUUAAUGUCCAUUCCUUUAAUAUUCAGAUUUUUCAAUGAAAUACUUUCAAGACAACUUAAGAAGCAGCAAGUUACCACCUUACUUGAAAGUCAGCCCCUUUUAAACUAGUUCAAUGACUUCUUUCCCAGCAUUCAGCAUUAAGACCAUCAUUGAACAAUUCUGAAUUCCCAUAGCAGAAAAUUACGAAAAAAAACCCUCGCACCCAAAGUGAUGUGCUUCUUACCUCCAUGAGGUGACAUUUUGCUUGUCAUAAAUAUGCACUGUAACUCUGGGUAUUUUUGUUAAGCACAUGCAUAUCUAAUCCUGACUAAAAGCAUUGAAGAAAAAAUAUUUUUUGCUGUCCUUUAUUGUGAUAUUUCAGAUGUAUUUUUUCUUCUUUCUUGGUUCACUGACCGCAGAUGAGAACACUCAUCUCUUUUACCUGCUAAUAUUUUUUUUGAAUUGUAAUUACUAUCACUGAAUUCUGAAAGAUCUUCUCACUCAUUUUUUUUGUGAAAUACAGAACUAAAACAAGGAUAUUUCAAUAUGACGCGCUAUGCUUUUUCAAAAAUGUGAGUUCCACUGCUCACUCAUAUCCAGUUCUGUUCUCUCAAACAUAUUUUCUCUAAAUUACUCUCCCUCCCUCCCUAAUCCAUACCCCAAGGAAAUCUUUCACAUUUCUAUUUCAAUAUCUGAUGACAAGAUGAAAAGCAGUAUGCAAGGUAAGGAUGGAACACUAAUUGAUAUAAAUUUGAAAUGACAGUAAUGGUCUCUAUUUGGGUCUUGGCUGGAGACCUUCUGUAUUACAAAAAAUCCCCCACAGUUACUAUUUUUGUCCCUCUAGUAAUAUUAGCUAUGAUAAUCCUUUAAUAGAUUUUUGAACCAAAGUUGUCUCCGUUAUACAGUGCAAAGUUGAAAUAUACCGAUAUAUAAAAAAAGAAAAAAAGAAAAAGUCGUCUUUGCAGCAUUUCUAGAAUGGGAUUUCUUUUUUCUCCAGAAAUAUGGAAGAAAAAAAAAUAUUGUCAACUUUCAUUGCAUUUAGCCUAUUUCAAUAAGUGAUAAAUGUUUUCAUUAUUAUUCACUUCUGGGCUCAAGAUAUUUCAGAAGUUUUAUUCAAAAUUAGAAUAUUUUUUCAUGCAUAAGGUUGUGUGUGGGUGUGUGGCUCUAAUACAGAGAACUGCAAAUUACCUUUCCUUUCCUGAGUCAGGCACUGCAAUUGUAAUAUGAAAAGAAAGAUGAUGCAAUGUUAAUUGCUUCUGAGGUAUGGAGAAAAGGUUCUGGCAAGGUGUGAAAAUACCUCAGUGUUGACUUUUUCUUUACUUACCAGUAGAAUUUGAUCUUGCAUUUUAAAAUUUCAUAGCUGUUCAAUGUGCUGCUAGUGAACUAUGGCAAAAUAACAGAUGUUUCUGCUAUUUGGGGGACCAAAAAAAUGUCAUCAUGCAAGAAAGAAAAACUGACAAGUGGAAAUCAUCACCAGUUAAGAUGGGAAGAAUGGAGAGAACAGGCAAGGGAAAGGUGAAAUUGCCAAGAGUCUUCCAGGUGACCUACGGAAGUCUGGCUCUGUGCCUUUCUGCUGCUUAUGGACCACCCAGGCCAGCUGGCAAGAAGCAGAUAUGUAGUUUCUGAAGAGAGGCUAAGGAAGAAGCAUAACCUAAAAAAAUUCAGCCUGAAUGGCUGAAGAUAGACAUUAUAAGAAGCAACUGAAGAUACUGGACGUGCAUUGCUUACUACAGAAUAAGCCAUAUCCAGUAGUUAUUUGUAUGGAAGGAUUUGCUUGACUCAACAUGAAUUAAACCUUACUAUUCAAGCUCAAAGAAUCUAAAAUACGGGUUCAGCACUUCAAGACAAACACUGAUGUGGAUUCCAGACUCCUUUUUUUCCAGUUUGCUGAGUGGAAGAAUUUCAACACUGAAGGAUGAAACUGGUGCUAUAUUUAUUGAUAGAGAUCCGACAGCAUUUGCACCCAUUUUAAAUUUCCUUCGCACGAAGGAGUUAGACUUAAGGGGGGUGAGUAUUAAUGUUCUCAGACACGAAGCUGAAUUCUAUGGAAUCACUCCUUUAGUUAGGAGGCUGCUUCUAUGUGAAGAACUGGAACGCUCAUCUUGUGGCAGUGUUCUGUUUCACGGCUACCUGCCUCCUCCAGGCAUUCCCAGUCGUAAAAUAAAUAAUACUGCUGGGCCACCAGCUGAUAUCAGAACUGGUCAAAACUGCUCUGAGAACGAUAUUCAUGGAGGUGGUGUCCAGCCUACACUUGCUGGUACUGGAGAAGGUACAGUCAGACUAGGAUUUCCUGUGGACCCGCGGAAAGUUCUAAUAGUAGCUGGCCAUCACAAUUGGAUAGUAGCUGCCUAUGCUCAUUUUGCUGUUUGCUACAGAAUCAAAGAAUCAUCUGGGUGGCAGCAGGUGUUCACAAGUCCCUAUCUGGACUGGACAAUUGAGCGAGUGGCUCUCAACGCUAAGGUGGUUGGAGGACCUCAUGGAGACAAGGAUAAGAUGGUUGCAGUUGCCUCAGAGAGCAGCAUAAUCUUAUGGAGCAUUCAAGAUGGCGGCAGUGGCAGUGAAAUAGGAGUGUUCAGUCUUGGAGUCCCUGUAGAUGCUCUCUUCUUCAUCGGCAACCAGUUGGUGGCUACAAGUCAUACAGGGAAAGUAGGAGUGUGGAAUGCUGUGACUCAGCACUGGCAGGUUCAGGAUGUCGUUCCUAUCACAAGCUAUGAUACUGCUGGGUCUUUUCUGCUGCUGGGCUGUAACAAUGGAUCUAUCUAUUAUAUAGACAUGCAGAAGUUCCCACUGCGGAUGAAGGACAAUGAUCUUCUAGUGACAGAACUGUACCAUGAUUCCUCCAAUGAUGCUAUAACAGCGCUCAGUGUCUACCUCACACCUAAAACAAGUGUAAGUGGCAAUUGGAUUGAGAUAGCAUACGGCACCAGCUCUGGAGCAGUGAGGGUGAUUGUACAGCACCCUGAAACAGUCGGAUCUGGGCCUCAGCUCUUUCAGACUUUCACAGUUCAUCGAAGUCCUGUUACGAAGAUCAUGCUCUCAGAGAAACACCUUGUGUCAGUUUGUGCAGAUAACAACCAUGUGCGGACAUGGACUGUGACUCGGUUCCGGGGCAUGAUUUCAACUCAGCCGGGCUCAACACCUCUUGCAUCAUUCAAAAUCUUAUCCCUGGAGGAAGCAGAGAGUCAUGGCAGUUACUGUUCUGGAAAUGACAUUGGACCCUUUGGUGAACGUGAUGAUCAACAGGUGUUUAUUCAGAAGGUUGUCCCCAUCACCAAUAAGCUCUUUGUAAGGCUGUCUUCAACUGGGAAAAGAAUCUGUGAGAUCCAGGCAGUUGAUUGCACUACCAUCUCAUCUUUUACUGUCCGGGAAUGUGAAGGAUCCAGCAGAAUGGGCUCCAGACCCCGCCGUUACCUCUUCACCGGACAUUCAAAUGGCAGCAUCCAGAUGUGGGACCUGACCACGGCAAUGGACAUGGUUAACAAGAGUGAAGACAAAGAUGUUGGCGGCCCUACAGAGGAAGAGCUGCUGAAGUUGCUUGACCAGUGUGACUUGAGUACAUCUCGCUGUGCCACACCCAACAUUAGUCCUGCUACCUCAGUAGUUCAGCCAAACCGGCUGCGGGAGUCUAAUUCCAGAAGCCUCCAACUGCAACACCAUGAAACUAUCCAUGAAACUGCUACAUAUGGUUCUGUGCGGCCAUACAGAGAAAGCCCCUUGUUGGCAAGAGCAAGGCGGACGGAGAGCUUUCACAGUUACCGGGACUUCCAGGCUUUCAACUUAUCCAGCAAAAGCCCAGUCGAAAAGGCAGCCCCUGUAAAUGGGAAUUCAAGCCAGACAGAGGCCAGGAAGUCGACAGCUGAGGCCAGUGCAGCUGAGAAGAAGGCAUUCUUGACAACACCACUUGAAGUGCGAGGCACAGGUCUGACAGAUGCAGGUGGAUGUUCUGGUACAGAGGCUCACAGGCUGCCAGAGAGUUCUCUGGAUCUCAAAAGACGAGGCCCAGAAGAGGAGGGUGAAGCCAAAGCAGAAAGUAAAAAGAAAACAGGGUUUGAAGGAGCUGGUUUCCUGGGGAGGAAGAAAGUGCCUCAUCUGGUUUCUGCACCAGUGCUUGCUGAAGGUGGGCCUGAGUUACCUGGUGCAGCUUCUCCAUCACCUACAAAGACAGCUGCUUCACCCCGUCACCGGAAGAACGAUUCAUCUUGCCAAGACUAUGGGUUGUGAAAAUGUGACUGGUGGCAAAGAUGAGGUGGAGGUGUCCUCUGGCUGCUAGCAAAUGUAACACUGCAUGUUGUAGGUUUCUUCUUGAAUGGGAUUUUGUUCCAAUAACCAGAAUGAAAAUUGUGAGGAGGCAGGUUAAGAGGAAGUACCUGGCUGCUGCCAAACACUGGAAGAGUUGUUGACAUCACUAUGUGGCUUUAUGUAACGCUCCAAAAAUGUAGUGCGGUACUUGGUUCAAAAUGUUGUUGUGCAUUCUUGCGUAAACAUGGUCAGGCAUGUGCGAUGUUGUGGUAAUGUUGGAAGGGGGAGGGAGGGUGCUAGAGAAAUAUUUGGUUGACUGGUGGAAGACUCCUUUUAGCCACAGCCAUGCAUAGGUCUGCAGAGCUGCUGCUGUCAUGGCCUGGAUUCUGCCUAAUGCGCAGGGCUGCCUCUGUAGUCUUGUUUUAGGAGUGGGAUCCUUGCUCUGUAUGCUGCUGUCUGAAGGCUGAAACGUAUUGUCCAGGUAAAGGAGGAAGCUAUUUAAAACAGCAUAUUAUAUUGCCUCUUUGUCCUAAUAAAUUGUCAGAAAAAUGUUGCUCCUGCUUUCUGAAAAUGUAUGGUAUCAGAUGAUGGGUUUUGCUGAUUGUGACUGAGAGCAUGCAUAAAAAUACGCUUGGCAAAAUACACCGAA